UACAGGGUUGAACAUAAGUUAUGAAUCUUUUUUUUCAACCUUUUAAGGUUGCUCUAAAUAAUAGGGAAAAGUUAAAUAAUGAUGACGACUGUUGCUUUUACCAUGCAUGGUUGGGGAUUGAGGGCUUGUGAAGUUACUCUAAAUUAUUGCAAGUUCAAUGAUGAUGAUGAAUAAUGCUUUUAACAUGCAUGACUGCAUAUUUAGUUUUUUUAAAUAAGCUAUAUAUUAUUUUUCAUUUAAUAUUGAUGCAUUUUUUAACUUCUCUGUUGUCUUUGAUUCCUAUCAUGAAGAUAAGUGAUUGCCACUGUAAUGCAUAUGGUCCCAGAAGUCUAUUUCUGCUUCAAAACUUCAACAUGUAUGACAAACUUUUACUAUAUUACUUAUUCUUGUUUUUAAGUAACAGCUAGUUGGUCAUUUCCUUGAGGAGACAUGCGUGAAUCCUUCAUUCAUCAUCAAUCAUCCUGAGAUCAUGAGUCCUUUAGCGAAAUGGCAUAGAUCACAACCAGGUUUAACUGAACGGUUUGAAUUGUUCAUCAAUAAACAUGAGUUGUGCAAUGCGUACACAGAACUGAAUGACCCUGUUGUGCAGCGUGAACGUUUUGCUGAACAACUGAAGAAUCGCCAAUCAGGUGAUGAUGAGGCGAUGGCUUUAGAUGAAUCCUUUUGCACUGCCCUUGAGUAUGGGUUGCCCCCAACUGGUGGUUGGGGAUUGGGAAUAGACCGCCUGACUAUGAUACUUACUGAUUCACAGAACAUUAAGGAAGUUCUUCUAUUUCCGGCAAUGAGGCCUCAAGAUGAACCUUCAUCCAAGGGUAUUCUAUGUUCGCCUUUAUUUUAUAGUUACAGAAUGAACAAAUCUUGUCUUACGGCUUAAAUUAAGGAAUCAGUUUUGUCCUUAGUGGUAAUUAGAAUAUAA